AAUUUCGGUCGAGUGUCUAAACUACAACCCAUUGAACAUUAUAAAUACCUGUAACCUUACCGAAAAACAAGAAGCGAGGGCAAAGAAAUCGAUCGUUUUAUACAAAACCGUGACAAAAAUAUUGGUUAUUGGACUGAAGAGUCAGUAUCCGCGUAAUUUCAGAAACGCGUUGCGUUGGCAAUGACAAACUAUUACAACCCCAACUGCGACCGGUAUAUUCAGAAAACCAAUGAUUCAACGUCUCACAGACUUAAAAGUGCUUAUUGGACUACCAAACAAGCAGUUAUUAAGAAACUGCGUCGAAAGCAAGACGAAAACAUUGUAGCUUCUGACUCCGAUCUUGACGCAAAGUUGGAGCUGUUAAAAUCUGUCCAGUUGACAUGUCGAGAUCUUGACAAUGUAUUGGCACGUUAUCAGAGAACGUUGUGCUAUUUGUCUCAGGCUGAAAAUGAAAUGGGACGAUUUCUAAAACAAUUUAGUUUAGAAGAUAAAACACAAGCUGGAAAAAUUAUGUCUGCUGUCGGAAAAGCGUUAAGUAGCUCGGCACAACAAAGACUUACUUUGCUCAGUCCUCUUGAUCGCGUUCACCAAGAAGUCAAGACAUUCAGACAACGGGCAAUCAGUGAUACAACAAAUACAGUUAAAAUUAUGGAACAAGGUCGCACAGAAUAUCGAGGUGCAUUGUUGUGGAUGAAAAACGUAAGCGAGGAGUUGGACCCAGAUACACACAAACAAUUGGAAAAGUUUCGGUGUGUUCAAGCACAGGUUCGUAAAGCAAAAGCAUCAUUUGAUCGCCUAAAGGUGGACAGUAUGCAAAAAGUAGAUCUGUUAGCAGCCAGUCGAUGCAAUAUGUUGAGUCAUGUACUUGUCGGCUAUCAGAAUACUUUGUUGACUUUUCUUGAAAAAACGUCUCAUAUGAUGGUAGCAGUAGCAGAAAGUUUCAGAGGUUAUCAAUACUAUGAAUUUUCAAUUCUUCGACAUUUGAGACCAGAAAGUCGUAAAUUGGCUGGAUAUAAGAGCGAUGAUGAGAAAGAUAGCGAUAGGCUAGACAAUAGAUCUAAUCAAGUUGAAUUAGGUGAUUCAGCAAUUAUGAAUUCCGAUGACAAUAACCAUGGAAUACAUCAAACAAAAUUAACAGAAGAAGAAUUUGGUAAAAGAUUAGAUGAAAUUUUCCUAGAAAAUAAUGGUAAUAAUUUCGACUUUGAUUCAGAUAAAUUUAAAUCAGCAGAUAAUCAAACCAGUUUUGGUGAAACUGAAGACAACAAUAACAUUAGUGGUCUAAUAAAUGGAUCUAUUGAGCAAGUCCCUGCUGAUCAUAGGGAUUUGUUCACUGAUCUGUUUCUUAGUGAUGCAAAAGAUGACAGAUUUACUGGACAACUUUCUGGACUAGAUACUCGUCCUUUCAAUUUCGGAAAUAAAGAUGGAUUCACUAAUGAUUCAGAAGCUGUCUUUAGCGAUUUGAAUCAGCCUUGCCAAAAUGAGGAUUUCGGACCCUUGCAGAGUGUAGGGCCAAAAGAUACAUUCAGGACACCAAUACUUCCCUUACACUUAUUAGAACAGGAAUUCCAAGAUUUAUUUAAUCCUGGCACUUCUAAUUCAUUUGUUACUCAAUCGGUGAAAUCAUCUUUGGAGUGUGCUAACGUGAAUACUUCUGCAUUUAGUAAUAAUAACAACCAAUCCGAACAGCAGUUAAAAAAAAGUGAAAACACUCUGGGUACCGUUUCAAAUACCCCAAAGUCAUUAUCAUCCCAACAGCCCACAAAUCUAGAUGCUUGGUUAAAUCUGUUUUCUGAUCUUGGGCCGAUAGGUAAUCCAGAUACAAUAUCGAAGAAGGCUGGUCAAGUUACCGAUGCUUGAACAUCACAUUGUUGUGGCAAAAUGUAUGCGCUUAUACGGAUUUUUUCCCUCCUAUUAUACGUUAUUUACACCUCUGAUGUGCGUAUUUCCUUUGUUACUGUGUUAAUUCAUUUAUUAUAUUUAUGCUUCCUUUGGUUUUUGUCUUUUGAACAUUUUAUCAUAAAAAAUUUUGAAAACUUAAAUUUCUGGUGUUAACUGUGAUAGCUAUUAUAACGUUACGCAAUCAGAAAAGUACUCCCCUGUGUUUUCUUUUACAAUUUGGUAAAUAUUGGCAUGAACUAAUUACAUGUGUUUAUUUUGCUUUCUAUAGUAAUAAGAAUAGUUCUCACAGCAUAAAUGAUUAUAUGUAUUAUAUUAUAUGUUUGAUCAUACCCACCAGCUGAUGAAGCUGAUAAAUAUGUUUCUUAUAUAUCAUAGUAAAUGUUUGUUACGAUAUAUAUUUGAACCGACAUUCCGAUUUCCACAAUCUUACCGUACACUUACGUUCUACGGUUAGCGGGCCAUGAGUUAAUAUCCAGUUUGUUUUCAAGCUGGGACUUUUUAAUUUAACUUUUAUGGGAAUGUCUUGUCACAUUUUCAGUCUUGUUCGACAUCAAUCAAGUUGAGUAUGUUUUUCCGGUACAGGUGACUUCUCAUCAGGAAGGUACAUCCUCAAAGAUGCUUAGAGCUCUUGUUUUGGUGAGCCAAUCAGAGGCAGCCUAAUAAAAAGUCAAUCGGUGGCAAUCAGAAUUGACCUGAGGGACAAGUUUAUUUCAUUGGCUAAGAAAUGGAUUAAUUUCCUAAGGGUUAGCGCUGGCAGCUGGAAAAUCUAUGCUUGACUACACAAACCUGUACGUUAAAAGCUUCAUCGUGGCCUUUAUACAUGUAUGAGAUGUGUUGUGUAACUUUUCAAAAAUGUUUCGCCUCAUGUCAUAAGGUAACAAGAGGCGAGUCAUACCUGUUAAGUUUCCCUGUCGCUAAUGAAGAUGUUUUGAAAUUAUAGUUCUGUUUUCCUGGAUUACCAAAAUUAAACGAAGUUUUGAUGCUUCGCCAUGACUGGAUA